AUGGCUACUCAAAACCCUAAUCCAAGAACUUCACUCUACCCCGAAAUAAUUGAAUCCAACCCCGACGCUCCACCAUAUCCUUCUUCCUCUUCUCAAUCAAAUCUCUACCCUUCAAUCGACUUCAACGACCUCGUUCAAAAUCUCUUCCCGGAAGAUGUCGCCGCCGCCGUCGAUACUCCUAACUCUCCCUCAGCACCACUGGAAACCACUGAAGAGAUUCUCGUUAAGAUCCCCGGCGCGAUUCUCAAUCUCAUUGAUAAAGAAUACAGUGUCGAACUAGCUUCCGGUGACUUCACAGUCGUCCGUCUCCGUCAGGGAGAGAAUUCCAUCGCUGUAUAUGCUCGAAUAGCCGACGAGAUUCAGUGGCCUCUUGCAAAAGAAGAAACAUCAGUCAAAGUUGAUGAUUCUCACUACUUCUUCUCAUUCCUCGCACCCAAGGGUUUCGAUGAAGAUGACGAAGAACAGGAUCGUCGGAGAAAGAACGAAAUUAAUUCCGAUUUGUUGAGCUAUGGUUUAACAAUCGCGUCGAAAGGGCAAGAGAGUUUGCUGAAGGAGCUAGAUACGAUUCUAGCGAAUUGCAGCAAUUUCUCUGUGCAGAAGGUUUCCGAGAAGGCGAAGAAGAAGGGAGAGGCUUUGGAUGGAUCCAUGGCGAAGGAGGUUUCGCCGAAGGAUUUGGAGUCGAAGAAGAAGAAGGAGAUAAUGGAGGGCCAAUGUGCGGCGUAUUGGACCACGUUGGCUCCGAAUGUGGAGGAUUAUAGUGGAAGUGCUGCGAGGUUUAUAGCGUCGGGUUCUGGGCAUGUGAUUAAGGGGAUUUUGUGGUGCGGUGAUGUUACUAUGGAGAGGUUGGAAUGGGGGAAUAAGGUUAUGAAGAAAAGGAUGGCUUCUGGUUCACGUCCUACUGAGAUUAGUCCUGAAACCUUGAAGCGGAUUAAAAGGGUCAAGAGAGUGACUAAAAUGACUGAGAAAGUUGCAAAUGGAUUGCUCUCUGGGGUCGUGAGAGUGUCUGGAUUUUUCACUAGUUCAGUGGUAAACUCAAAGGCUGGAAAGAAAUUCUUCAGCCUCUUACCGGGGGAAGUUGUGCUUGCAUCAUUGGAUGGAUUUAGUAAGGUGUGUGAUGCUGUUGAAGUAGCUGGAAAAAAUGUCAUGUCAACGACAUCCACUGUGACAACUGAACUUGUGGACCACAG